AUGGCAGUUCCAAAAGCUCACUACUCUCUAGCCAUCCUUGUCAUUCUCUUUGUCGUUUCAAAUUGCCAAAAUGCCUGCAAUCCAGAAUGCAAGGCUAAAGAACCCUUCAACUGCGAUAAUUCUCUUACCUUCAACCGAACUGGAUUUCCAAAGAACUUUACUUUCGGUGCAGCUACUUCCGCGUACCAGAUUGAGGGUGCUGCACAUAGAGCCCUUAAUGGAUGGGACUACUACACUCAUAGAUAUCCAGAAAGGGUUCCAGAUCGCAGCUCCGGAGACGUUGCUUGUGAUUCGUAUGAUCUUUACAAGGAGGAUGUCAAAUUACUGAAAAGAUUGAAAGUUCAAGCAUACCGACUCUCCAUAGCCUGGUCAAGGGUCUUACCAAAGGGAAGACUGACUGGAGGAGUGGACGAGAACGGGAUAGCAUACUACAACAAUCUCAUUAACGAGUUAAAAGCUAAUGGCAUAGAGCCAUUUGUGACUAUAUUUCAUUGGGAUGUUCCCCAAACUCUAGAAGACGAGUACGGAGGCUUCUUAAGCCCGCGUAUAGUAGAGGACUUCAAGAACUAUGCGGAGCUUCUAUUCCAAAGAUUCGGAGACAGAGUCAAGUUUUGGAUCACUCUAAACCAGCCUUACUCUCUCUCAUCCAAAGGUUAUGGAGAUGGAUCAUAUCCACCGGGAAGGUGCACUGGCUGUGAAUUUGGAGGUGAUUCUGGAACCGAACCUUAUAUAGUCACGCAUCACCAACUUCUAGCCCAUGCAGAAGCUGUAUCUUUAUACCGAAAAAGAUAUCAGAAAUUUCAAGGUGGUAAGAUAGGAACGACCUUGAUCGGGAGAUGGUUUGCCCCGCUAAACGAAACUAGCGAUCUCGACCAGGCUGCUGCAAGACGAGCAUUCCAAUUCUUCGUUGGAUGGUUCUUGGAUCCAUUGGUGUACGGAGAAUAUCCAACGAUAAUGAGAGAACUCGUUGGAGACAGAUUGCCAAAAUUCACACCGCAAGAAUCAGAUUUAGUUAAGGGAUCACUUGAUUUUCUAGGGCUGAACUAUUAUGUUACACAAUAUGCAAGCGACGCAUCUCCUCCUCCUCAGACACACCCUAGCGUCUUAACCGAUCCACGAGUUACUCUUGGAUAUUAUCGCAAUGGAGUACCUAUCGGUGUUGAGUCUCCAAGCUUUGUCUACUAUCCUCCAGGGUUUCGUCAGAUUCUAAAUCAUAUCAAAGACAACUACCAAAACCCACUUACCUACAUCACCGAAAACGGAGUUGCUGAUUAUGGAAACUUAACGGUAUCAAAUGCUCUUGCCGAUAACGGACGAAUUCAAAAUCAUUGCAGCCAUCUUUCAUGUCUCAAAUGCUCCAUCGAGGAUGGUUGCAACGUAGCAGGUUAUUUUGCUUGGUCAUUGAUGGACAAUUAUGAAUUUGGAAAUGGUUACACUCUCCGGUUUGGUAUGAAUUGGGUCAAUUUCACUAAUCCUGCUGAUCGAAGAGAAAAAGAUUCUGGGAAAUGGUAUUCUAGGUUCGUCGCAAAAUAAGGGGAAUUGAUAGACAAAAAUCAACCCCAUAUGUAUCCAACCUUUAAUCCACUAAGUACUGGACAAUAUAAAUUAUGUUCUUCAACUUAUAAAAGCUUAUGUGCUGUGUGUUGUUAAUAAUGUUGUAAUAAUUGGACCUUAACUCUUGGCCAAAUCAUAAAUAUAUAAAAACAUUUAUAUGACGUGCGUUGUACUUAUAGCUUGUACUUUGUUUUAUUUACCUUUCCCAAGCAUAACAUCUCAUCAUCUAGGACAUGCAUGCUCUCUUUUUUUGUUUUGGUAAAAACUACGAGAUGCUCUUAUUUGAUCAUUACCACUUUUUUUUAACAAAAUAGCCAAACCAAGGAUAUGCUGUCUAAUUUAAGUGCCAAAUCAUAUCAUUUUGUGUUAUUUUACUCCUCUCGUUUAUUUUCAAUUUCUAGAAAAUGUUAUUUUACCCGACCACAGAAACGCCACACAUAGCUUCUCUAUUAUUUCCAGACAUGAAAUAUGGAGGUGAAACAGUGUACCAAAAUUUUGUCAUGCUAAUAAUAAUUGAUUGUAUAAGAUGCAUCCGUCCUGAAAUACUAGCGACUAGUAAGUUUCUUCAUGCUUCUUAUUGCAAUUGGGAGUCCUAAAUAUCUGAGCGGGAGUUAGUCAAUAAGAAUUUCAAGUGAGGUUGCUAUUUCUGGCAUGAAGAUCAUUAUGUGUCUUCCCAGCCAUGUGUAUAAAAUAUUUUAUUCAUGCUUAUGGCUAAAUUAACCCCAAACACUUGUGAAGAAACAUUUUCAAAGAGAAGACGGCAUCCUUCUAUGAGGCAGUCUAAUUGUUUAAAACUUUCAUUUAUAUAUAUAUGUGUAUAUAUAAAUGUUUUUUUAUAGAUUUCAGCCGACCAAAUUAAUGAACUUUCAUUUCACCUAUUCAAACUAAUACAUAUAUAUUAUAUGUGGUAUAUCAUAUGAGAAUUUAUUAUAACAUAUAUUGUGCAAAUUAUUCUUAUAGCACAUUAGUUUAAAUAAUAAGUAAAAUUAUCUAAAAUUUAUUCAACCUAUUUAUACGUGAUAUUAAGUUUUAAAGCUAUUUUGAAUACACUAUUGAUUUUAGCUUAUAUCAAAUCAAUAAUUUACUCAAUUAUUUAUCAUUCGACUGCUAUGUAUAUGCAAAAACAAUAGUUAUUAAAUAUUGUGUUCCAAAAAAAAGACGAUUAAAUAUAAACCUGAACAAUUUUUUUCCUAAUGUAAUUGUAUACCUUGAUCGAUGAUUAAAAUAGAUGGUGCAAAAUUUUGAAAUUUACUUUCAAAAUAAUCAAAAUUAAGUUUACAUUUGAAUUAACUUAUUCCUAUUGAAACUUACUUUAAAACAAAACUAACUUCAACAUAAUACGAGCAAUAAACUUGAUUUAGGUAUUUAUUUACUAUAAAACCAGAAUAUCAUGUUCGUAGAUGUUAUAAUAAUAGUUAAACGUUAAUUAUACUAAUACAGUCCCUUAGAAUAGGGUUUGAAGUUUUGUAUUCGACAAAUCAUAUUUUGCUUAGGAAACAAAGAUUGGGGCAUUAAUUAUGAGUAGUAUACAUUACACUAACGUAACCUGAAUCAGAACUUCGUUAAGAAAUCUUGUAAAUCGAAUUGCACAAUAGAUGAUACGUAGUCUUAGAUCCGAUUAAAAAAUUACAAUAUUAACUAUAGCUAAGAAACAUAUAUUCUGAAGCAUAUAUCUACAGGUACAUAUCUUGUGGAGCUCUGUAUGCGUAUUAUACACAUAAGGGAAAUAUGAUGAGCAUGCCGUAGAACUCCAUUAGUUAUCUAUUUGUUUAUUAGGGAUAUGUUAUUAUUUUUAUUAGAAAACAAGACAGCGUGAGGUGGAGACAUGCAUGCAAGAUCAAAUUGAAGUCAUAUAUAUUUACGUAACAAGUUUACUUGAACCCCAUGCAAGUCCCAUGCACUCAAACCCUUCUAUAUAAACCCCUCCAAGUUCAUCAUCCAGUCAUAAUCAAAUUAGCCAUUACACAAACUACAAAGUCUCUCAACCAUGGCAGUUCCAAAAGCUCACUACUCUCUAGCCAUCCUUGUCAUUCUCUUUGUCGUUUCAAAUUGCCAAAAUGCCUGCAAUCCAGAAUGCAAGGCUAAAGAACCCUUCAACUGCGAUAAUUCUCUUACCUUCAACCGAACUGGAUUUCCAAAGAACUUUACUUUCGGUGCAGCUACUUCCGCGUACCAGGUAUAAAUUUAUAUAUCUUCCUCAUGACCGUUCUUGGGCAUACUGUUUUCUUAUUUUUGUAGAUAAAAGAAUAUUUUCAAAAAGAAAAAAAAAUUUCCAAUACAAUCGCUUUUUAUUUGUUCAACCAGAUUGAGGGUGCUGCACAUAGAGCCCUUAAUGGAUGGGACUACUACACUCAUAGAUAUCCAGGUUAUAAACCAAUUAAUUACCCUAUUGAUCAACAUUCAUUUGGACAUAUGGGAGAGUGUAUAUAUAAAUAUUAGAAAGACUGGACAUGCUCACAUUUUUCUGUUUGUUAUGGUACAGAAAGGGUUCCAGAUCGCAGCUCCGGAGACGUUGCUUGUGAUUCGUAUGAUCUUUACAAGGUGAGAGGCUAUAUAUCUGUGUAUACAUAUAGGAGACAGUUGUUCCAAUUUGGAAAUAUUAUUUAACUCUGGAAAAAUUCAUAUAUAAUUUGAACAGGAGGAUGUCAAAUUACUGAAAAGAUUGAAAGUUCAAGCAUACCGACUCUCCAUAGCCUGGUCAAGGGUCUUACCAAGUAAAUACAGAAACACAAACAUACGUCGCUUUUUCAGUCAUGAAUUUAUAUAAUUGGCAAAAUUAAGAGUUUUACGUUCUAUAUAUAUUUGACUCGUGAAAUUUGUGAUUAUAAAUUUUAGAGGGAAGACUGACUGAAGGAGUGGACGAGAACGGGAUAGCAUACUACAACAAUCUCAUUAACGAGUUAAAAGCUAAUGGUAAAUUGAAAAUAUAAAUACUACUCAAUCAUUUGAUUAUAUCUGUGGUAUAUAUGGACGUUUAACUAACUUUCGUACGUGAUUACAGGCAUAGAGCCAUUUGUGACUAUAUUUCAUUGGGAUGUUCCCCAAACUCUAGAAGACGAGUACGGAGGCUUCUUAAGCCCGCGUAUAGUGUAAGUGCAAUAACUAGUUUUUCUUCUUCCAAACUUGUCUUUCUUUCACUUAAUUAGGUUCUAUAUAUAUGUACAUUGCAUGAUCAGAUCUAUCUAUAAUUUAAUAUGUAUGAUACAUGGACAGAGAGGACUUCAAGAACUAUGCGGAGCUUCUAUUCCAAAGAUUCGGAGACAGAGUCAAGUUUUGGAUCACUCUAAACCAGCCUUACUCUCUCUCAUCCAAAGGUUAUGGAGAUGGAUCAUAUCCACCGGGAAGGUGCACUGGCUGUGAAUUUGGAGGUGAUUCUGGAACCGAACCUUAUAUAGUCACGCAUCACCAACUUCUAGCCCAUGCAGAAGCUGUAUCUUUAUACCGAAAAAGAUAUCAGGUUCAUCUAAAAUAAAUCUAUUAUGAAUCUCUUUUUAUUUUCCUUGAUUAGUUCAAUUUUUUUUGUGUGGUAUAUUCUUAUUCUAUAAUCUUAAAAAUAUUAUGCAGAAAUUUCAAGGUGGUAAGAUAGGAACGACCUUGAUCGGGAGAUGGUUUGCCCCGCUAAACGAAACUAGCGAUCUCGACCAGGCUGCUGCAAGACGAGCAUUCCAAUUCUUCGUUGGAUGGUACGUAUAUAUAUUCUCAAUGAAUUGACUCUCAAGACGCACACAUAUGUAGCAACUUAAAGCCUCUGUCACGAUCAUAUAGACUUUUAAAAAUAUUGCAUCACUAAGUUACAAAAUUUCUUCUUGCAUAUAUGAAGGUUCUUGGAUCCAUUGGUGUACGGAGAAUAUCCAACGAUAAUGAGAGAACUCGUUGGAGACAGAUUGCCAAAAUUCACACCGCAAGAAUCAGAUUUAGUUAAGGGAUCACUUGAUUUUCUAGGGCUGAACUAUUAUGUUACACAAUAUGCAAGCGACGCAUCUCCUCCUCCUCAGACACACCCUAGCGUCUUAACCGAUCCACGAGUUACUCUUGGAUGUAUGUGAAACCUUUUUCGUAUUUAGUUUUAUACAUAUGUUUCGGUUCAUAGAUCAAUCAUUAUUCUCUUAUUGUGUUUCAGAUUAUCGCAAUGGAGUACCUAUCGGUGUUGAGGCUAGUAUCAUUUUUAAUUCGGAAUAACAUGUUUAUAUAUAUGUAUCUACUUUAAGAGAUUGCCACAUUUAUAUAGUAACUAAUGAGUCUCUCCUUUUUUGCUUUUUUCUUCUCCAGUCUCCAAGCUUUGUCUACUAUCCUCCAGGGUUUCGUCAGAUUCUAAAUCAUAUCAAAGACAACUACCAAAACCCACUUACCUACAUCACCGAAAACGGUAUCUACAUACAUACCAAUAUAAACAUGCUUAACCAUGAGAAUCCUACGUACGUGUUCUUAUUAUAUAAUCUUUGUGUUAAAAUUUCAGGAGUUGCUGAUUAUGGAAACUUAACGGUAUCAAAUGCUCUUGCCGAUAACGGACGAAUUCAAAAUCAUUGCAGCCAUCUUUCAUGUCUCAAAUGCUCCAUCGAGUGAGUUACAAUUAUUCCUACUUUAUCAUAUAUAUACAUACUACAUAUAUCUUGAUACGUUAACAUUAUUUAAAUAUAUUACAGGGAUGGUUGCAACGUAGCAGGUUAUUUUGCUUGGUCAUUGAUGGACAAUUAUGAAUUUGGAAAUGGUUACACUCUCCGGUUUGGUAUGAAUUGGGUCAAUUUCACUAAUCCUGCUGAUCGAAGAGAAAAAGAUUCUGGGAAAUGGUAUUCUAGGUUCGUCGCAAAAUAAGGGGAAUUGAUAGACAAAAAUCAACCCCAUAUGUAUCCAACCUUUAAUCCACUAAGUACUGGACAAUAUAAAUUAUGUUCUUCAACUUAUAAAAGCUUAUGUGCUGUGUGUUGUUAAUAAUGUUGUAAUAAUUGGACCUUAACUCUUGGCCAAAUCAUAAAUAUAUAAAAACAUUUAUAUGACGUGCGUUGUACUUAUAGCUUGUACUUUGUUUUAUUUACCUUUCCCAAGCAUAACAUCUCAUCAUCUAGGACAUGCAUGCUCUCUUUUUUUGUUUUGGUAAAAACUACGAGAUGCUCUUAUUUGAUCAUUACCACUUUUUUUUAACAAAAUAGCCAAACCAAGGAUAUGCUGUCUAAUUUAAGUGCCAAAUCAUAUCAUUUUGUGUUAUUUUACUCCUCUCGUUUAUUUUCAAUUUCUAGAAAAUGUUAUUUUACCCGACCACAGAAACGCCACACAUAGCUUCUCUAUUAUUUCCAGACAUGAAAUAUGGAGGUGAAACAGUGUACCAAAAUUUUGUCAUGCUAAUAAUAAUUGAUUGUAUAAGAUGCAUCCGUCCUGAAAUACUAGCGACUAGUAAGUUUCUUCAUGCUUCUUAUUGCAAUUGGGAGUCCUAAAUAUCUGAGCGGGAGUUAGUCAAUAAGAAUUUCAAGUGAGGUUGCUAUUUCUGGCAUGAAGAUCAUUAUGUGUCUUCCCAGCCAUGUGUAUAAAAUAUUUUAUUCAUGCUUAUGGCUAAAUUAACCCCAAACACUUGUGAAGAAACAUUUUCAAAGAGAAGACGGCAUCCUUCUAUGAGGCAGUCUAAUUGUUUAAAACUUUCAUUUAUAUAUAUAUGUGUAUAUAUAAAUGUUUUUUUAUAGAUUUCAGCCGACCAAAUUAAUGAACUUUCAUUUCACCUAUUCAAACUAAUACAUAUAUAUUAUAUGUGGUAUAUCAUAUGAGAAUUUAUUAUAACAUAUAUUGUGCAAAUUAUUCUUAUAGCACAUUAGUUUAAAUAAUAAGUAAAAUUAUCUAAAAUUUAUUCAACCUAUUUAUACGUGAUAUUAAGUUUUAAAGCUAUUUUGAAUACACUAUUGAUUUUAGCUUAUAUCAAAUCAAUAAUUUACUCAAUUAUUUAUCAUUCGACUGCUAUGUAUAUGCAAAAACAAUAGUUAUUAAAUAUUGUGUUCCAAAAAAAAAGACGAUUAAAUAUAAACCUGAACAAUUUUUUUCCUAAUGUAAUUGUAUACCUUGAUCGAUGAUUAAAAUAGAUGGUGCAAAAUUUUGAAAUUUACUUUCAAAAUAAUCAAAAUUAAGUUUACAUUUGAAUUAACUUAUUCCUAUUGAAACUUACUUUAAAACAAAACUAACUUACGAGCAAUAAACUUGAUUUAGGUAUUUAUUUACAAUAAAACCAGAAUAUUAUGUUCGUAGAUGUUAUAAUAAUAGUUAAACGUUAAUUAUACUAAUACAGUCCCUUAGAAUAGGGUUUGAAGUUUUGUAUUCGACAAAUCAUAUUUUGCUUAGGAAACAAAGAUUGGGGCAUUAAUUAUGAGUAGUAUACAUUACACUAACGUAACCUGAAUCAGAACUUCGUUAAGAAAUCUUGUAAAUCGAAUUGCACAAUAGAUGAUACGUAGUCUUAGAUCCGAUUAAAAAAUUACAAUAUUAACUAUAGCUAAGAAACAUAUAUUCUGAAGCAUAUAUCUACAGGUACGUAUCUUGUGGAGCUCUGUAUGCGUAUUAUACACAUAAGGGAAAUAUGAUGAGCAUGCCGUAGAACUCCAUUAGUUAUCUAUUUGUUUAUUAGGGAUAUGUUAUUAUUUUUAUUAGAAAACAAGACAGCGUGAGGUGGAGACAUGCAUGCAAGAUCAAAUUGAAGUCAUAUAUAUUUACGUAACAAGUUUACUUGAACCCCAUGCAAGUCCCAUGCACUCAAACCCUUCUAUAUAAACCCCUCCAAGUUCAUCAUCCAGUCAUAAUCAAAUUAGCCAUUACACAAACUACAAAGUCUCUCAACCAUGGCAGUUCCAAAAGCUCACUACUCUCUAGCCAUCCUUGUCAUUCUCUUUGUCGUUUCAAAUUGCCAAAAUGCCUGCAAUCCAGAAUGCAAGGCUAAAGAACCCUUCAACUGCGAUAAUUCUCUUACCUUCAACCGAACUGGAUUUCCAAAGAACUUUACUUUCGGUGCAGCUACUUCCGCGUACCAGGUAUAAAUUUAUAUAUCUUCCUCAUGACCGUUCUUGGGCAUACUGUUUUCUUAUUUUUGUAGAUAAAAGAAUAUUUUCAAAAAGAAAAAAAAUUUCCAAUACAAUCGCUUUUUAUUUGUUCAACCAGAUUGAGGGUGCUGCACAUAGAGCCCUUAAUGGAUGGGACUACUACACUCAUAGAUAUCCAGGUUAUAAACCAAUUAAUUACCCUAUUGAUCAACAUUCAUUUGGACAUAUGGGAGAGUGUAUAUAUAAAUAUUAGAAAGACUGGACAUGCUCACAUUUUUCUGUUUGUUAUGGUACAGAAAGGGUUCCAGAUCGCAGCUCCGGAGACGUUGCUUGUGAUUCGUAUGAUCUUUACAAGGUGAGAGGCUAUAUAUCUGUGUAUACAUAUAGGAGACAGUUGUUCCAAUUUGGAAAUAUUAUUUAACUCUGGAAAAAUCAUAUAUAAUUUGAACAGGAGGAUGUCAAAUUACUGAAAAGAUUGAAAGUUCAAGCAUACCGACUCUCCAUAGCCUGGUCAAGGGUCUUACCAAGUAAAUACAGAAACACAAACAUACGUCGCUUUUUCAGUCAUGAAUUUAUAUAAUUGGCAAAAUUAAGAGUUUUACGUUCUAUAUAUAUUUGACUCGUGAAAUUUGUGAUUAUAAAUUUUAGAGGGAAGACUGACUGGAGGAGUGGACGAGAACGGGAUAGCAUACUACAACAAUCUCAUUAACGAGUUAAAAGCUAAUGGUAAAUUGAAAAUAUAAAUACUACUCAAUCAUUUGAUUAUAUCUGUGGUAUAUAUGGACGUUUAACUAACUUUCGUACGUGAUUACAGGCAUAGAGCCAUUUGUGACUAUAUUUCAUUGGGAUGUUCCCCAAACUCUAGAAGACGAGUACGGAGGCUUCUUAAGCCCGCGUAUAGUGUAAGUGCAAUAACUAGUUUUUCUUCUUCCAAACUUGUCUUUCUUUCACUUAAUUAGGUUCUAUAUAUAUGUACAUUGCAUGAUCAGAUCUAUCUAUAAUUUAAUAUGUAUGAUACAUGGACAGAGAGGACUUCAAGAACUAUGCGGAGCUUCUAUUCCAAAGAUUCGGAGACAGAGUCAAGUUUUGGAUCACUCUAAACCAGCCUUACUCUCUCUCAUCCAAAGGUUAUGGAGAUGGAUCAUAUCCACCGGGAAGGUGCACUGGCUGUGAAUUUGGAGGUGAUUCUGGAACCGAACCUUAUAUAGUCACGCAUCACCAACUUCUAGCCCAUGCAGAAGCUGUAUCUUUAUACCGAAAAAGAUAUCAGGUUCAUCUAAAAUAAAUCUAUUAUGAAUCUCUUUUUAUUUUCCUUGAUUAGUUCAAUUUUUUUUGUGUGGUAUAUUCUUAUUCUAUAAUCUUAAAAAUAUUAUGCAGAAAUUUCAAGGUGGUAAGAUAGGAACGACCUUGAUCGGGAGAUGGUUUGCCCCGCUAAACGAAACUAGCGAUCUCGACCAGGCUGCUGCAAGACGAGCAUUCCAAUUCUUCGUUGGAUGGUACGUAUAUAUAUUCUCAAUGAAUUGACUCUCAAGACGCACACAUAUGUAGCAACUUAAAGCCUCUGUCACGAUCAUAUAGACUUUUAAAAAUAUUGCAUCACUAAGUUACAAAAUUUCUUCUUGCAUAUAUGAAGGUUCUUGGAUCCAUUGGUGUACGGAGAAUAUCCAACGAUAAUGAGAGAACUCGUUGGAGACAGAUUGCCAAAAUUCACACCGCAAGAAUCAGAUUUAGUUAAGGGAUCACUUGAUUUUCUAGGGCUGAACUAUUAUGUUACACAAUAUGCAAGCGACGCAUCUCCUCCUCCUCAGACACACCCUAGCGUCUUAACCGAUCCACGAGUUACUCUUGGAUGUAUGUGAAACCUUUUUCGUAUUUAGUUUUAUACAUAUGUUUCGGUUCAUAGAUCAAUCAUUAUUCUCUUAUUGUGUUUCAGAUUAUCGCAAUGGAGUACCUAUCGGUGUUGAGGCUAGUAUCGUUUUUAAUUCGGAAUAACAUGUUUAUAUAUAUAUGUAUCUACUUUAAGAGAUUACCACAUUUAUAUAGUAACUAAUGAGUCUCUCCUUUUUUGCUUUUUUCUUCUCCAGUCUCCAAGCUUUGUCUACUAUCCUCCAGGGUUCCGUCAGAUUCUAAAUCAUAUCAAAGACAACUACCAAAACCCACUUACCUACAUCACCGAAAACGGUAUCUACAUACAUACCAAUAUAAACAUGCUUAACCAUGAGAAUCCUACGUACGUGUUCUUAUUAUAUAAUCUUUGUGUUAAAAUUUCAGGAGUUGCUGAUUAUGGAAACUUAACGGUAGCAAAUGCUCUUGCCGAUAACGGAAGAAUUCAAAAUCAUUGCAGCCAUCUUUCAUGUCUCAAAUGCUCCAUCGAGUGAGUUACAAUUAUUCCUUCUUUAUCAUAUAUAUACAUACUAUAUAUAUCUUGAUACGCUAAAAUUAUUUAAACAUAUUACAGGGAUGGUUGCAAUGUAGCAGGUUAUUUUGCUUGGUCAUUGAUGGACAAUUAUGAAUUUGGAAAUGGUUACACUCUCCGGUUUGGUAUGAAUUGGGUCAAUUUCACUAAUCCUGCUGAUCGAAGAGAAAAAGAUUCUGGGAAAUGGUAUUCUAGGUUCGUCGCAAAAUAAGGGGAAUUGAUAGACAAAUAUCAACCCCAUAUGUAUCCAACCUUUAAUCCAUUAAGUACUGGACAAUAUAAAUUAUUUUCUUCAACUUAUAAAAGCUUAUGUGCUGUGUAUUGUUAAUAAUGUUGUAAUAAUUGGACCUUAACUCUUGGCCAAAUCAUAAAUAAAUAAAAACAUUUAUAUGACGUGCUUUGUACUUAUAGCUUGUACUUUGUUUUAUUUACCUUUCCCAAGCAUAACAUCUCAUCAUCUACGACAUGCUCUCUUUUUGUUUUGGUAAAAAUUACGACACGUUCUUAUUUAAUCAUUACCACAUUUUUUAAUAAAAUAUCCAAACCAAGGAUAUAAUGUCUAAUUUAAGUGCCAAAUCAUAUUAUUUUGUGUUAUUUUACUCCUCUCGUUUAUUUUCAAUUUUUAGAAAAUAUUAUUUUACCCGACCACAGAAACGACGUCACGCAUAGCUUCUCCAUUAUUUCCAGACAUGAAAUAUGGAGGUUAAAACAGUGUGCCAAAAGUUUGUCAUGCUAGUAAAAUUAAUUGAUUGUAUAAGUUGCAUCCGUCCCGAAAUACUAACGGCUUGUAAUUUUAUUCAUGCUUCUUAUUGUAAUUGGGAGUCCUAAAUAUCGCGGGAGUUAGUCAAUAAGAAUUUCAAAUGAGGUUGAUAUUUCUGGCAUGAAGAUCAUUAUGUGUCUAAGUUCAAAAAAAAUGAUCAUUAUGUGUCUUCCCAGCCAUGUGUAUACAAAAAUUGUUCAUGCUUAUGGCUAAAAACCUCAAGCAUUUGUGAAGAAACAUUUUCAAAGAGAAGACGACAUCCUUCUAUGAAACAGUCUAAUUGAUUAAAACUUUCAUUUAUAUAUAUGUGUAUAUAUAAAUGUUUUUAUAGAUUUCAGCCUACCAAAUUAAUGAACUUUCAUUUCACCUAUUCAAACUAAUACAUAUAUAUUAUAUGUGGUAUAUCAUAUGAGAAUUUAUUAUAACAUAUAUUGUGCAAAUUAUUCUUAUAGCACAUAAGUA